AUGAAGGGGCUGCGGCUGCUACCACUGCUGCUGGUGACCUUCACCCUGGGAAAGCGCGCCCAGCGCUGGGUUUACCUGCGCGAAGAGUUCGAAGACGGGGAUGAAUGGAAAAAACGAUGGGUGCAGUCUAAACAUCAGCCAGAUUAUGGUAAAUUUCAGCUCACUGCAGGAAAAUUUUAUGGAGACAAAGAAAAAGAUAAAGGUCUCCAAACCAGUGAAGAUGCUAAGUUUUAUGCCCUCUCAACCAGGCUGAAACCAUUCAGCAAUGAGAAUGAGACCUUGGUGGUUCGGUUUUCAGUAAAACACCAGCAAAGCAUCGAUUGUGGUGGCGGAUAUCUAAAACUCUUUCCUGCCACCACCAGAUCUGAGUAUUACAUCAUGUUUGGCCCUGACAUUUGUGACUUUGGCAACAACAAAGUACAGGUCAUCCUUCAUUACCGAGGGAAAUACCAUGAGAACAACACCAUCAAGUGCAGGAUCAAUAAAGACACUCACCUGUAUACUCUGAUUAUUCGCUUCAAUGCUACUUAUGAGGUUAAAAAUGACAACCAGCAGGUGGCAGCUGGGAAUCUGAAGGAGGAUUGGGACUUCUUGCCUCCCAGGAAAAUAAAAGACCCCUAUGCCUGGAAACCAAGGAAAUGGGAUGAAUGCCUGCACAUAGAGGAUCCGGAAGACAAGAAACCUGAGAUCAGAGGGCGUUUGACUGGGAAGCAGAACUGGGAAGACUUUGAAUACAUCGUGGAUCCAGAAGCCAAGAAGCCGGACGACUGGAAUGAGGCUAUGGAUGGGGAGUGGGAAAGGCCUCUGAUACCAAACCCAAAGUAUAAGGGAAAAUGGAAACCUCGGAUCAUCGACAAUCCCAAUUACCAGGGGGAAUGAAUUCAUCCCAAAAUAGACAACCCUAAAUAUAAGCCUGGUGCCACCAUUCGUCACUAUUAUAACAUUAGUGUUCUCAGCCUGGACCUUUGGCAGGUAAAACUGGGCAGCAUCUUUAACAAUUUCCUUCUUACAAAUGAAGAGUUUGCUCAAAAAGUUGGAAAUAAGACCCGGGGAAUAAGAAAAGACGUAGAGAAGCAAUGGAGAGAACUGUUUGAAGAAACUGGAAAAAGAAAGCAGUCAGAAGAGGCCAAGGAGAAAAAGGAAAUGGAGGAAGAAGAGGAAGAUGGCAUUUGGGGAAUUGAAGAAAAGGGAAAUGAAUUGGAUCCCACUGCAGAGCCAGGAAAUGACAGGCAGAUGCAGGAACAUGAUGCUGACAGAGCGUUUCUGGAUAAAAAUGAAAGAGUCCUUGUUGACCAGAAGGAUGAACUGUAA